UAUACUGCUUAUUUGCACCAACAAAACCAAAGCAAAUUCCUAGUGUACACCUCUUACACCUGGCAAUAAACACGAUUCUGAUUUUGAACUUGAAUGUGAAGUUCCCCUCAGGUCAGACUAGAGGUGCGAGGAAACAGCGUCAGAGUGAGACCUCCUGUCUGUUUCCGCUCCUCUCUGCUCCCAUCAGGUCUGCUGUGAGUCACAUGACAGAGAGCUGGAGAACCUCCUGACUCUCUCCUCCUCUUCCUCCUCCUCCUCCUCCUCCUCCUCUCCGUCACUCCUCUGUUUCCUCUCUGUCUGUUAGCUUUAGCCUGCAGGAGCAGCGGACACCAUGGCGACCACAGCGGACUCUCCAGCGGAGCAGUCCGACUUCCAGGAGCUGCAGGACGGGGAGGACCUGUUCAUGGAGCCGGCCGUCUCUCUGGAGUCAGAACCAGCCAGUCUACCUGCUGAAGACAUCAGCACCAACUCUAAUGGACCCAAACAGGACUCACUGUUCGAUGACGACCCAGAGGACCUGUUCGCAGAGGCCACAGAGGAGGUUUCGUUGGACAGUCCAGAGAGAGACGUCCUGCUGUCUGACGGCCCGUCGCCCGCCAUCACCCCCAUCACCCCUCCCACCUCCGUCAUCACCCCUCGCAUCGGCCUCACCCACGACGACAUGUUCACACACUCCUCCUUCGACGAGAUUGAAGAGGAGGAGGGCGGCGAUUCAUUCGACAUGCACAUAUCGGUGUCUGACCCGGAGAAAGUUGGUGACGGGAUGAACGCGUACAUGGCCUACAAAGUGUCGACCAAGACCUCCAUGUCUCUUUUUAAGACUCGUGAUUUUUCAGUAAAAAGGCGUUUCAGUGACUUCCUGGGUCUGCACAGUAAACUGGCCUCCAAGUACCUGCACAUAGGCUACAUCGUCCCCCCCGCGCCGGAGAAAAGCAUCGUGGGGAUGACCAAGGUGAAGGUUGGGAAGGAGGACCAGUCGUCCAACGAGUUUGUGGAGAAGAGGAGGUCGGCACUGGAGAGGUAUCUGAUGAGGACGGUGAAGCAUCCCAUCCUGCUGAAGGAUCCUGACGUGCUGCAGUUUCUGGAGAGCUCAGAGUUGCCGCGGGCGGUCAGCACUCAGGCUCUGAGCAGCGCCGGACUCCUCCGGAUGGUCAACAAGGCCGCCGACGCCGUCAACAAGAUGACCAUCAAGAUGAACGAGUCAGACGCUUGGUUUGAGGAGAAGCAGCAGCAUUUUGAGAAUCUGGACGUUCAGCUGAGGAAACUUCACGCCAGCAUGGAGUCUCUGGUCUGCCACAGGAAAGAGCUGUCGGUGAACACGGCGCAGUUCGCCAAGUCGGCGGCCAUGUUGGGGAACAGCGAGGACCACACGGCACUGUCGCGGGCGCUGUCCCAGCUGGCCGAGGUGGAGGAGAAAAUCGACCAGCUGCACCAGGACCAGGCCAACGCAGACUUCUACGUCUUCACCGAGCUACUGGGAGACUACGUCCGCCUCAUCACCGCCGUCAAGGGAGUGUUUGACCACCGGAUGAAGACGUGGCAGAAGUGGCAGGACAGUCAGAUGCUGCUGCAGAAGAAACGAGAGGCUGAAGCCAAACUGCAGUUCAACAACAAGCCGGACAAACUGCAGCAGGCCAAGGACGAGAUCAAAGAGGAGAUUGAGGAGCUGGAGGGGAAAGUCCAGCAGGGAGAGAGGGACUUCGAACAAAUCUCCAAAACUAUACGCAAAGAAGUCAGCAGGUUUGAGAAAGAGAGAGUGAAGGACUUUAAAACGAUCAUUAUCAAAUACCUGGAGUCACUGGUUCAGACACAACAGCAGCUGAUAAAAUACUGGGAGGCCUUCUUACCCGAGGCGAAGGCCAUCUCAUAGAGUCCACUCACACACAACAGACAGUCCUGACAGGCUCCGGUCAAACUACACUACCCACAAUGCACCGGCCCUCCUCCUCCUCCUCCUGUUUAUGCCCAGAGUGAAGAAGAAUCAGCUCCAAGUGACUUUUCUGCAGUUAAAAAAAAAAAAAAUCAACAAGAAAAUUCCUCUUUUAUUCCUCUUUUUUUUCUUUUCUGCUGAACUCAGUGUUGCGUUCAUGUCCUGUCCGAGUAAUUGUUGUUCUCCUGAUUGAUGCUUUCACAAUAAUAAUACUGUAAUAUUAA